CUGCUAUUGUUCCAAUCGAUCCAUCUAAAUUUUAGAUUAAAAAUACCUAGAUACGGCACCGCAACGAUCUGAAUAACCCUGUAACUACUGAAAUCUCUGUCAGCCACAGCUCAGACCAUGCUCCGUGCGGUCGCUUGUGUAGCUUUGUUCCUUUGCUGCUGGCUUCACGACGUAGGGGCAGCACCAGAAAUAUUCCGCAAUGCCGGGUUCGAGGGAGCUUUCGGCGCCGAUAACUGGUACUGUUCUGGGUGUACUGGAGAGCGUCACACGGACGACAAGGUGGAGGGGGCCGCCAGCAUGAUGGCGAGGGGGAGGACCGCUAUAUGGGCCGGCCCGUCGUACGUGCUCCCCUACCGCCGUGGCGUCCUUCCCGGUCAGACGUACGAGUUCCAGAUCUUCGUCAAACUGCUGGCGGGAGGGGCGGCUCAUGUCGAGGUCAAGGUUAAUCUGGCAACUACGUUCGCUGACGGAGAUGUGAACUACCGGCAGAUGAAGCAGACUGACCACAUCAGUCAGAGUCACGGAUGGCAGAGAAUCGCCACGACCUGGACUGUGCCAUCAUUUGACAAGGAAGUGACAUCUAUGCGGCUGUACCUUGAGGGUCCUCCUGUCGAUACCGACAUCCUCACACUGGCUUCCGAACUGAGCUUGGUAGAAAACCUGCAGACAGUCUCCGGUUCUGAGAUGGUGACCAAUCCCGGCCUUGAGGGUGACCUGAGCGGCUGGUACUGCAUGUCGUGUACAGGUGUGCAUUACACACAGUACACACAUGAUGGAGGCGGGGCUAUGCUGGCUCAGGACAGGACUGCAGAAUGGGCGGGUCCAUCUCAGGACCUAGCCUGGGGGUCCGCCAUUAAGAGCGGAUAUACCUAUAUGUUCACCAUGUGGGUCAAGGUGCUGGAUGGUGGAAGCACGACCUAUAAUGUCAUGGCCAAGCUGAAUAUUGGAUUUAAAGACGGAACACAGAGUUGGUUGAACAUAGUUUCCUCAGCAGUUUCGGCUGCGGACGGCUGGACCAGACUUUCCGCUGGGUACACCGUGGAUGAUUACGGAGACACCGUGAGUAGUGUGCGGCUGUACGCGGAAGGCCCUCCGGCUGACGUACGCUUCCUCAUCGAUGACGUGUCCCUCCUGUCGUUCAUGGACGUGUCGCAAGGCGACUGGAAGUCCGAGGCGAACACAAGGAUCGAGCAAUUACGCAAACGAUACGUCACGCUCAGGGUGCAGACUCCAAACGCACAAGGCAUAAGUGUGGAGAUCUCCCAAACGAAGUCUCACUUCGCCUUUGGCUCGGCUGUCAAUGCCUGGAGAAUGCCUUCCGACAGUCGGUACGCAAACUUCUUCUUCGACAACUUCGAGUGGGCCGUUCUGGAGAGCAACCUCAAAUGGAAGCAAAACGAGCCUCAAGAAGGUCAGCUGGAAUGGACACGUGCUGACCGGACAAUGCAGAUGCUGGAGAGUCGUGGAGUCUCCAUCCGCGGCCACUGCGUGUUCUGGGCGGUGCCGGAUUACGUGCCGGACUGGCUGAAAGGCUACUCCGCGGCUGAGGUAGAGCAGAAGUGCUGGAAGAGAGUGGACGACGUCGUGGGGCGAUAUGCCGGAAGGUUGGCUCACUGGGACGUCAACAACGAGAUGCUGCACGGAAGUUUCUUCAGGGACAAGACUGGCAGCUCCCAGAUCCGGUACGAGAUGUUCCGGAAAGUGAAGGAGAAGGACCCAAGCGCUAAACUCUUCCUCAACGACUACAACGUCGUCACUGGUUAUUGGUCAACUCGGGAUUAUGCCAACCAGAUUACAGAGUUUAUCAACAAUGGAGCGCCGGUGGAGGGAGUCGGUGCCCAAGGACACUUCGGCGGCCGCCCUAACCCCACUAACGUUCUGCACUGCCUCAACACGCUGUCCUCCCGUGGCCUCCCCGUCUGGAUAACCGAGCUGGAUAUAAACGAGCCUGACGAGUACGUUAGAGCGGACGGGUACGAGGACAGUCUGACGGCCUUCUUCAGUCACCCGGGGGUGGAGGGGGUUCUGCUGUGGGGGUUCUGGGACCAGUCCCACUGGAAACCUGACGCUGCACUGGUGAAUGGAGACAGUUUUCAGAUCAACGAGGCCGGUCGCCGUUGGCAGCGGCUCGUCUUCCACGACUGGCGCACCAACCUGUCCCUCACGGACGGCAUCGUGACGCCAGAAGGCAAGGAGUUCAUCUUCCGUGGUUUCCAUGGCAACUACGAGGUCACAGUCAAGAACCAUGGCCAGGUCGUGGCCACGAAGACGUUCUACUUGUCCCCAGGAGCCGGCUCCUUGACUGUGGAUGUGGACAUGCCGAAUGACAUCAUUGUUGGCUGA